AGUGUUCCAAUUAAAGGAUGAGCGCUGGACGGGCAUCUGAGGGCAUGGGAUGGAUCACAUGGUGGGGAUUCAGUCCUGCACGGGACUUACGAAUGGCAGGCCCUGUGAGACAGGAGGGUGAGGUCAAUAUUUUACUGGUUGGCAGUGCAGAUCCACGACAUAUUUUGAAGACCAUUGCUGGAUUAAAGGACACAGAUCUUCUUCAUGUGUGGGUGAUUGAAAACAGCAUGGAGGUGGUGGCGAGACAUUUGCUACUUCUCUUCUUGGCACUGGUGCCCCAGAAAUACAUGGGUCUUAAUGAAAAGACAGAGAUUUUCUUGGAGGUGUUUGGAAACAGUGAGAUCCGCAGUCAGACGGAGGAAACACUAAAAGCAGCAGCAACACAACUGUGUUUAUCCGUUACUGACACACCGGAGACGGACAUACACCCUUGUCUAGACACAACUCUUCUCAAGUUCAAGGAACAAGAUGAGCUGAACAGGAUAUUGAAGUUAUGGGUAAAGCCUCAAUUGUCUUCUGCUCCAUCCUCAAUGACCAAAGCCUGGGAUUACCGGGUCAGGCAGCAUCUUGGAACACGCUAUGACUCCAAGAAGGGCUGCUUCGACUGGGACCUAACAAUGAAGCUGUAUGAGAAAGGGUGUGGCAUCAUCGAUAAACAGCAGUAUGCCCGCUGGAGGGAGCGCGGCCUGGCCUUUGAAAUGAGAGAAUGCGUCUAUGAUGUAAUCAAUCCUACUUUGCUGUCUUUGAGGGUGUUGGGCCACAAAGGAGACAAAGUGGGAGUCACGGGCUACUGGGGAGACAUCGUGUCCAGUCCUUACCUCUCCUUUGGUAUUGAAAGUGGCCAUCAAAGCCUUUUCAAGACAGAGAAUGGGCAACAUAUUAAGACGGCCCAGGAUGUGUCUUUUACAAACGUUCAGGCAUUUCUACAGUCGCUGAUCAGCAGACGGAGCUGCCUGAUGAAGUGUCAGUCAGAUGCGAAGUCGGCGGAUCAGUCGCCACCCCCUGAACGCUGCCACGGAUCUGUCAGCAUCAAAGACCUGAUCCAGCUGGAAGGGGUUUCUGUGACCUUCCUGCCUUUGGACUCACUUCACAAACUGCCAGAAAAAACUAAAUACUCUCAACUCUUCAACACCAUCUACUUCUCUGCCAGCUCGGUGCACCAGUUGAACCCGACACUCAAACAGAUUGCAGCACCAGACGCUGUGCUUGUCGUGGAGUUGGCCAAGUACAUUUUGGAGUUGAAUAAAAGACAAGAAGCAGAUUUUGAAAGCAAAGUGGUGAAUAUUGCUCAAGAGGCUGGAUUUGAACCGUGGCAAGAGGCAGGUGAUGACGUCCACGUGGUUUUCAUACCACACAAGGAGUAAAGUCCACAUGAGCUCCUAAUGUCAUCACAUCAUCCAUCGAGUGCAUUGUUCAUAUAAGCACAAAUUAUAUAUUUCCCUCAUAAAAUGUUUGCCACUCAAAUUAGAGCAACUGCUUCAGAUUCUUAUUGAAUUAGUUUUUCUGUUGCUGAACUUUUAUUUGCAUUAACUGUAGGUAUUUUUAAAUAUUGGACAUAUUUGGAAUGACAGGUUUCUCAUUAGAAUUUUAUUGCACAUGUUUGAUCAUUUACUUUUGUGAAGUUAUUUGAAUAAAUGUCAAGCAGAAAGAU